AUGAAUUUGAAUGUUAGAUCAGAAAUUGAAAAUAUUAAAAUGAUUAUGAGUUCGAAUAAAAACAAAUUAGAUGAUAGUGAUCGCUCUGAUGCGGUUAUUCGAACUGAAAUAGACAAACUGAAGAGUGAAAUGAGCGAUACUUUUGCCAGCAUUGUCAAAAAAAAUGUUGAUGUUGUAAACAACGAGGUAAAAUCAGUUCAGAAAACGUUACAUGAAAACAGUGAUUUGAAAGAAAGAGAAUCAAAUUUGAUUGUGUUUUGUUUGCUGGAAAACAACAAUGAUCGUUCAAAUGUUCUGAAAGUUCUUAAACAUUUGUCAGAUGAUGUUUCAGAUAGAGAUGUUAUUAAAGUGACUAGACUUGGCAAAAAAGAUGAAAACAAAACUAGACCGUUGUUGAUAAAACUAGUGGAUGUUGCGAUUAAAGAUAGUAUCAUGAGGAACGUUUACAAAUUGAAGUCAAUAACGAAUGAAUUUGCACACAUUGGUUUGAGUGUUGACCUAACCAAGGAACAAAGACAGGAAUAUAAAAUAUUUGUUAAUGAUGCUAAGAUAAAGGAAUCUGCGGAUAAGGAGGGUUUUUUAUACAGAGUAAGAGGUACGGUAGGAAAAUGGAGAAUAAUAAAAUUUCCCAAACGAUUGGUGCAAUAA